GCGGGCUUUGUGCGAAUGGCUCAGCCAAUGGGCGCGGCCGGCCGGUCUGAGGGCAGAGUGGAGCGUCCGCGGGACGCCUCGGGUUCGGCCAUGGCCAAGCGCCGCGGCGGCGGGGGAGGAGGAGGAAGAGGCGGCGGCGCGGAGGAGGGUCCGGGCGCCGGGGGGGCCGCCGCUUCCCGCCCCAACGGCAUGGGCUCCGAGCCGCGCGCCCCGCUGGCCCAGGAGGACGACGAGGAGGAGGAGGCCGCCGCCGAGGCCGCGGAGAUGGGCUCCUUGGGGGGCGGCAGCGAGGCCGAGCGGCGCGUCAACAAGUUCGGCUUCCUGGUGGCCGAGGGCGGCGACGGAGCCGGGCGGGAGGCGCCGGCGGAGGAUGUGCCACUGGAGGUGCUGAGGCAGAGGGAAUCCAAGUGGCUGGACAUGCUCAACAACUGGGACAAGUGGAUGGCCAAGAAGCACAAAAAGAUCCGGCUGAGAUGCCAGAAGGGGAUCCCGCCAUCUCUGCGUGGUCGGGCCUGGCAAUACCUCUCAGGGGGCAAAGUCAAGCUGGAGCAGAAUGCUGGCAAGUUUGAUGAGCUGGACUUAGCACCAGGGGACCCCAAAUGGCUGGAUGUGAUUGAACGGGAUCUCCACCGGCAGUUUCCAUUCCAUGAAAUGUUUGUGGCUCGCGGAGGUCAUGGGCAGCAAGAUUUGUUCCGGGUGCUGAAGGCCUACACGCUCUUUCGGCCGGAGGAAGGCUACUGCCAGGCCCAGGCCCCCAUUGCAGCCGUGCUGCUGAUGCAUAUGCCUGCGGAGCAAGCAUUUUGGUGCCUCGUGCAGAUUUGUGAGAAGUACCUUCCUGGCUACUACAGUGAGAAGCUGGAGGCCAUCCAGUUGGAUGGGGAAAUCCUCUUCUCCCUUCUGCACAAGGUCUCCCCUGUGGCCUACAAGCAUCUGAGCAAGCAGAAGAUCGACCCCAUCCUGUACAUGACGGAGUGGUUCAUGUGUGCCUUUUCCAGGACCUUGCCCUGGAGUUCUGUGCUGCGCGUCUGGGAUAUGUUUUUUUGUGAAGGAGUCAAGAUCAUCUUCCGGGUGGCUCUGAUCCUGCUGAAAUACACACUGGGUUCUUCUGAGAAGCUCAAGUCUUGCCAAGGCCAGUAUGAGACGAUGGAGCGACUGCGGGCGCUGAACCCCAAGAUUAUGCAGGAGACCUUUCUUGUCCAAGAGAUCAUCGAGUUGCCGGUGACAGAGCGCCACAUUGAGCGAGAGCACCUGAUCCAGCUGAAGAAAUGGAAGGAGACCCGCGGGGAGCUGCAGUGCAAGUCCCCUCCCCGCUUCCACGGCGCCAAGGCCAUCAGUGACGCUGAGCCCUAUUCCCGCAAGGCCUUGGAGCCCUCUCCCUCGAUUAUCCUACCCCCCGGUACCAUGCUCUCGCCCAAGGGUCACAAGGCCAAGGCCCCAAAGGGGAACAAGAAGGAGGGCCCAGAGAAAGGGAGCCUGGCCAAUGGCCCCAUUCCGGAAGAGAACGGAUCUCAGACUUUGCUGGAACCCAGCCCCUCUCUCCUCCACCAGUCUAAGGAGAGUCUCAGCUCCCGGGAGAGUGAGGACACUUACCUGUAAGAUGGGUGGCCACCUAUUCCAAAACCUCCCCAUCUCUAACCUGGCCUCUUCCUGAAGCUGAAUUUUUUGGCUGCUGCAGCCAGCGGACACCAACAACCCAAGGUUAGGGAUGGGUAACUAGGAACCAGAGCGUAUUAGCCAAGGGAGGGGAGCCAAGGAUAUCAUUGGCAUUGCAGGGAGGAAAAGCUAAUGCAACAGAAAUAUGAAACAAUCCCCUCCCCCAAACAGCAUUCUUUAUGGGUGUGCAGAAGCAGUGUUAUGCCCUCUGCUCACAGGCAGUGUUUAAUGACUGUGAGACAUGCAAGGAUAGAAAUCUGGGGCAUCGUGCACACCAUCCCCACCAUUAGUUCCUUUGCCCAGGCUAGUGGGAAUAAGCCGGAGUUAAGAUUCUGUCAGUAUCCCUUGCCAUGGACGCUUUCUCUUGCAGCAGCCAAUUCCCCUUUCUUGACCACUUGACAUGUUUGCCAGUGGCCAUUUUUCUGUUGAUGCAAUCAGACUUGCCCAGUGAUGAGCAUUGCAUUCCUUUCCCAGUCCUGGGAGUUGCUGUGCCGCUCGCUGGUUGAGUUCUCCCUUCCCUUAGCCCUCUUGGCCUUUGGUCCUGGCACCUAGCUUUUCCAGGUGGCAGACAUAGGCUAUGCUGUUCUCCAGCUGGAUGGGUGCCUAAUGAUGACCAUUCCUGUCCUGAGCUGGGUUUGACAUUCUUCAGGUUGGAAGUGUUCAACUUUCCCUCUCAUUGUUUGGGGGGUUCCUGUCCCCUGCAUAGGAACAAUCAGGCUGCCUCCGGGUUUGGUUCUUCCUGUUGCGCCUGUGACCAAUUAAAGCAGAGCUUGCAAAGCGUGGAGAACAUUGUCUCUGCUUUAAACCCUGCUGUCUUGACCAAAUGUUCAGGUUUAUGAUGUUGUUUUGGGACCAGUGUUCAUAGGAAAGAAUUGUUGCAGAGAGCCAGCACUUGCACUGUGUGUCAUGCAGUUCAGGUUCCCCGGGAGAGCAGCCCAUUUGUAGGACACUAAAAGUGGCUCUUGUUGCCCAGUCUCUGUCUUCAGAAGAUGGAAGCCAUAUUGAAUUGACUCCUUGUUUGUCUCCCAUUUGAUGGAAUGAAAGCUUUGAACCGACAUGUAGGAUUGGGGGUGGGAAGGGGUGCCAUAGCACUUGUUGCCAUCGUUUUGAUGGCCAGGAGUCUCAACACAGGGGUGUCUCUCUGGGUUGUAGGAGUCGGGAGACCCUUCUCCCUCUUCCCCCAGCACCCGAUCAGGACCGAGCGGGUGGGUUUUCUGUGUGUGGGGGGCUUUUGUAAAAAAAAAAAAAAAAUCAGUACAGAAAUUGUUUUGUACAAAAGCACAAUAAACCAGAAUUAUGUAAAUGGUA